AUGGAUAGGAACAUGCUCGAUGCGGCAAGUGGAGGCACUCUUAUGGACAAGACACCAACGGCCGCAAGGGAUCUGAUAGCAAAUAUGGCAGCGAACUCACAGCAAUUUGGCACUCGAGAAGCAUCUUUUCAGUCGGUUAAUGAGGCUGGUAUCGGUGCCUUGGAAUCCCAAGUUAAAGAGUUGACGACUUUUGUCCGGAAAUUAGCCACGGAAGGUUUUCCCAGGGUGCAACCCUGCAUGCGUUGCGAGACGACUGAUCACAUUACGGACAAUUGCCCGUUAAUCAAUGGUGAGGUGGAGGCACAAGCGAACACGAUAGGGUCCAACAACGGGCCGGGUCGAAACUAUGACCCUUUCUCCAACACCUACAAUCCCGGUUGGAGAGAUCACCCCAACCUUCGAUAUGGGAAUCCGUCAGGGGGAGUGUAUGCAGAGAAAGACAAUCGGCCACCCCAAAUUUUUCAAAGAGGCCAAAACUUUCCACGACAAGCGGGUAACGGUCCACCGAGCUCCAUGCCACAAUCUUCCUUAGAAGAGAUGAUCAGGACACUUGCAACUAGCUCCAUGAACUUUCAGCAGGGUGUUCAAGAGAGCAUCAAGAAUCAGGAAUUGAGGACAAAGAACUUAGAGGGACAAAUGAGUCAAUUGGCGGAGCAUAUGACUCGAAUAGAUGCACAACUCGGGGGCCGACUUCCAUCUCAACCUGAGAUCAAUCCUAAAAAUGUCAGUGCCAUCACCUUGCAGAGUGGGAAAGAACUAGUAGCCCCGAAGACUCAAAAUGAGAAGAAUGAAAGUGAAAAAGAGGGUCUGUCAGCAGAAUAUGGGGCCGAGCAGCAGAAUACGGGGACACCCAGUACUCAGCCUGCAGAUAUUGAAAGACGCAAAGGCAACCCGGUUUGCCCUCCACUGAAACCCGAACCUCUACCGUUUCCAUCCAGGGUACGAAAGGCAACAAAAGAAGACGCUGAGAAGCAGGUUCUUGAUGUGUUCAAAAAAGUCGAGAUCAAUAUUCCUCUCAUUGAUGCAAUCAAGCAAGUCCCUCGAUACGCCAAAUUUUUGAAGGACCUAUGCACCAACAAGCGAAGGCUGCAAGGGAAUGAGAAGGUUCUGAUGGGAGAGAACGUCUCGGCAAUAUUUAAGAAGGAUUUGCCCCAAAAGAGAAGCGACCCAGGUAUGUUUUCGAUUCCAUGCACCAUAGGUAAUUUAAAAAUCGAGCGAGCCAUGCUCGAUUUGGGAGCAUCAAUUAAUGUUAUGCCUCGCUCUAUUUUUGAUUCCUUAAAUUUGGGUCCUCUUAAAGAAACUCGGGUGGUAAUUCAACUUGCCGACCGAAGUACUACUUUCCCGGAUGGGGACUCCUAUGUCGGCCCCGAUUUUGUUAGGGCGACCGUUCUUGAACACCGCUCAAACAAAAUCGACGUUCGUGAAGGCACUCUCACAAUGGAGUUCGAUGGCAAUGUUAUUCGAUUUAAUAUUUUUGAUGACAUGAAACUUCCUGAUUCUGACCAUUGUGUUUAUAUACUUGAUUGUAUUGAACCGUUGACACAGGAUUUUCACGACACUUAUAAGGACGGUGAGCUGGAGCUUGUGAUUUCACAAGGUUUCGAUAAAAAUCAAGCAGUACGGGGUACCUUCCCAGGAGUACGGGGUGCCCCAGUACUCGGGUUGCAGAGGGAUAGUGAUAAACCCGAAUUUUUAAAUCACUUGGGGCUGCUCGAGGAGGCCGCACUGGAACAUGAGCUGAAAUCCUUGCCGAGCCACUUGAAAUAUGCCUAUUGGGGAAUGGAUCGACCACCCCCGGUUAUAGUGUCAUCGAGUUUCGAGCCUAACCAGAUGGCAACCCCCAUUGAAGUGUUGAAGAAUUUCAAACGAGCAAUCGAUUGGGCCAUUGCCGAUUUGAGAGGAAUGAGUCUGUCCAUCUACAUGCAUUGUUUUCUCCUCGAGGAAGAUGCUAAACCCUCUCGGGAGGCGCAACGACGGCUAAAUCCACCCAUGAUGGAGGUGGUGAAAAAUAAAAUCAUAAAGUUGUUGGAUGUGGGAGUCAUUUAUCCGAGCCCGGAUAGCCGUUUGGUGAGCACGACGCAAGUGGUUCCGAAGAAGUCGCGUAAAAUAUUCAAGGUGAACGGCGAUAAGCUUAAGCCGUAUUAUGGAGAAUUUGGAAUCGACGAUAUGGAACGAGUCCAGCUGGAUGUUCCUCAGUCAGUUUAA